AUGACGCGCACUUCACUUAUGAGUCAGGUUACGUCGCGCUGCAUUCCCAUUAUGAUCGUGAGAGAUGUUUUACCAUGUCGCGUCACCAUACUCUGGCUCACCGCUAUCUGUGUCGGGGUCGUCGGAUGUGUUCUGCUGAGCACUUCCACCUUGCGCCGCUACCAGGAGAAUCCUACAGUCAUUUCCAUGGAGCGAGACUACCAAGAAUGGAAUACAUCAUUUCCUACAGCUACACUCUGCCCACGAAUGGCACCCAAUGAUAGAAAGGUGCAAGCACUCUCAGCCAAUUUGAGUACAAGGGCUUUUAAAGCUGCUUCGUUCUUAACGCAGCUAACUCAAGUGUCCUACGGAGCAAACAUGAAUAAUUUUCCAUUAGAUCCUGAGCAUAAAUUCCAUCCGGAAGAAUACUUAAAUCUAAUAUAUGCGGUCACUAAUACUUUUGGUUACACCAUAGGGACUAACGUGGGCGUAACUGUACCGUCACUUAUUCAGCAUACUAGUGAAAUGGGAAUUUGUUAUACUUACUAUACGAACGUCUCACAGUAUAACUCCAAAUCGUACUGGGACGCUAACAACUGGACGCUGCAUAACCCUGCGAAUCUGAUAAGUGGGAACGAGCUGGACGGCGACCUGUUUGCGCAGAUCAUGAACAUGCAUGAACCAUCGAUUGCGUAUAUCCACGGGCCCAACGAGAUUCCGGACUCCGCAAUCCGCCACACGCAGCUAUUUCGAAACCAAUACAAGACUCUGGACCUGACGGGCUUGGCCAUAUACAGCACGGCGAACACGCACUCGCUGUCGGUGAAGCAGCGCAAGUGCCGCUUCCUGCACGAGAGCAACCUGCUCAUCAGCCCCGUCUACACGUACAACAUGUGCCGCAUGCAGUGCCGUAUGCAGCUGUCCUACGACCUCUGCGGCUGCGUGGCUCACUUCUACCGCCCUGUCGGGAAAUUUCCUAUAUGUGAUUCUGAAGGGAUUAACUGCCUUGGAGAACAUUCUGAUUCUCUCAUCAAGGUGAUCGAUCCUAAAACGCAGAAUAAAGUGUGUGACUGUCUGCCGCCCUGUGAUGACGUCAAUUACAUGAUUGAACUAGAAAACGACAUGCCAUGGUUUCUCGGCACAAAUAUUAAGUGGGGAAUGACCAAGUAUCCCCAGAUGAGGCUCAAACGUGAUGUGCUCUUCGGAUUUACAGACUUAUUAGUGUACAUCGGUGGUACAGCAGGAUUAUGCCUCGGAUGCAGCGUCCUCAGUUUCAUAGAAAUUAUUUACUUCUUCACCAUCCAUCUCUUCUGGUUCGUCGUUAAGGGUAAAAGAUUGUGUUGUGUAAGAAGAAUGGACACUAGAUAAUCAAGAUAUUCUCCUGAUAAUAAGCAAUAUUUUAUGUAGAAAAUGGACAGGUGUCUUUGAAUAGACAAACUAGCUUUGUAUUGUAUUUAUUCAUAAGUCGCAACAUAUGCCUAACACAGCAAGAAUUUCUUUAAUACGGAUCGUGGAAAUAUCAUGUUUAAAAGGUUAUACUAAGAAGAAAAUA